AUGUCACCUCAAUCUGACCCCGUCUCGUUUCAGCCGGAGGCCGUUUCAUCUCAAUCCGAGCCCGUGUCAUCUCAAGUCCCGGCCGUGUCAGAUUGGGACGCGUUUGAAACGCAGUUGAGGCGAGAGGCAGAUGAGGAGCCUAUCAUAGAGGUCAACGCCACCACUCUCAACCGCCUCUUUGAGCUUCUCACCGCUUCCAACCCGACAGCACUCACUUCUCCACCCGCAACUCCCUCCGCUACUCCCUCAUCCUCCUUCCACUCCACAACCCCUUCCCCGUCGCUUCCCUUCCCCCAUCCGCACACCUCCCCUUCUCCCCCCACAUCCACCCACUCCGCCUCGGAAUCCAAGCCAACCCCUUCUGAACCACCCCACACCUGCCCUAGCCAAACCGGCCACCAAGGAACAUGCGACAGCGGGAGUAACACCGCUACCACCAGCAGCACCGGCUCCAGCACCGGCAGCAGCAGCAGCAGCAGGAGCAAGAGCAGGGGCAGCAGGAGCGGUGCGGCAAACCGUGCUUCUGUAGUGUGCCGUGCAGCGUGUGUGCUGGUAUACACGGACUGGUGCCCCUUCUCCUCGCAGCUGCGCGUACUCCUCUCAUCCACUGCGCCACUCUUCCCCCACAUACUGCACGUGGCCAUCGACAAGAAAGAGCUCCGACCCAGCGUUCUUUCGCGCAUGGGCGUGUACAGUGUGCCGGCUCUCUUUCUGCAGAACUCCACCACUCGGAUCCGCUACCGGGGCCCACGCACUGCCGCACACCUCUCCGAAUACAUUUCAGCAUUUACUCGCUGUCCCACAAGCUCCCCUUUCUCUCCCCUGCAGCCGUCCCCCAACCCCUUCGCCACUGACUCUUCACCUCUCAGUCUAUGGUUUGGCUGGGAUCAACCUGCUUCUGCAGUCACCUGGGGCUCCAAGCGCGCUGGAUCCGACUCACCUUCCCCUGCCGCUGACUCAGCACAAGCUGCUGCUGACUCAUCGCAAGCUGGCGCCAGCACAGGCGCAAGCAUACAUGCAGAAGCGGAAGGCGGAGCAGUGGAUGAGGCAGGCACAGCAGGUGAAGAAGCCAAGCCAUUCCUGCAUGGGGUAGCAUCCAGUUUCCACAUGUGUCCGUACAUGGCUGCUUUGGAAGACUCCAAGCGGCAAACCAGGCACCUCCAGCAGCAGCAGUGGUGGCAGCAGGGGGGGGAAUUGGGUGUGGUUCGGGGAGGAAAAGGUGCAAGAGGCGAAGGGAGGAGGGGGGUUGUGUGCCCCUAUGCGUGGGCCAUUCGUCCUGAGUCUCUCCUUUCAGAGUCCUUCUGCCUGUGGUUCUCUGGAGUGUUUCUCAUGGGGCGAUGCCUGGCGGAAGUGGAGGUGCUGGAUGAUAUGCUGGACGAGGGGGAGGACGGGGUGAACCCCAACCCGUUCUACGAAGACCCCUCGCACGCCCCUGAGCCCACCGCCACCAAGGAGGACGAGGCAGAGGACGAGGAGGAAGGGCUUGCAAGGGAGGAGGAUGUGGUGGGUGCUGCUGCCGAGGAAGGGGAUGUGAUGGCUCCGGAUGAGGAGGGGGAUGAGGCAGAUGCAGAGAUGGGAGGUGCGGACGAGUGGAGUGUGGAUGGAGACGACUGGUGGGCAGCAGGCUGCUAUGAGGGAGAGGAAGUGGAGGAGUGGGUUGCAGGUGAGGAUGAGUGA